UAAUAAUCUCAGAUUUCGGACUCCAACCGCUAUUUAAACCGUCGCCAUUCUCUGUUUCCAGUAGAGUACCUGCGAAAAUCUAUCCUUUUCGCCGAUCUGCGUGCGAUCGCUCGAAAAGAAGAAAAGAAAUGAGAAUCCGAACUUGAAAAGUGAAAAGAGGGUUUCGGAGUUGAACUCGAAUCUAGGGUUGAUUCUUGGAUUUGGUGUUCUAGGGUUUCUGUUUCGGGCGGAAUUGAUUUUUCACCAUGCAAUCGCUUCUGUCAUGCUCGGUUGCGUCGAAGGAGCAGCGGAGUAUUGGUGGAGGCGAUCGUACUCAGGUUUACCUUAACGUUUAUGAUCUCACGCCCAUAAACAACUAUCUGUAUUGGUUUGGACUUGGAAUUUUCCACUCCGGAAUUGAAGCACAUGGUAUGGAGUAUGCCUUUGGAGCCCAUGAAUACCCAACAAGUGGAGUGUUCGAGGUGGAACCGAAAAGCUGCCCUGGCUUUAUCUACAGACGUUCUGUGUGGUUGGGCAGCACCGACAUGUCUCGCUCAGACUUCCGGUUGUUCAUGGAACACCUUUCUGGGAAAUAUAAUGGGGAUACAUAUCAUUUGAUUGUGAAGAAUUGCAACCAUUUUACUGAUGAUGUUUGCAUGCGUCUGACUGGGAAACCUAUUCCUGGCUGGGUGAAUCGGCUCGCCAGAUUAGUUUCAGGUUCUUUCUGCAACUGUCUACUACCAGAAAGUAUUCAGGUUACAGCAGUCAGGCAUCUGCCAGAACAUCUGGCUUAUUCUGGUGAUGUGGUUGAAACCUGAGGGAAAGAGCUCAUCAGCAUUAAAGUCUUAAGGUCGAAUCAAAGGGCUGCUGCCUCUUCAAAGAGAAGUUGGCUUUGUUGAAAAAGGGCCCGCCCGGUCUAGGCAAUAGCAUUCAUGGUCACAUCUGAGUGAUGCACUGUUUAAUAAACCAAGCUUCAGAAAAUUGAAUUUGACUAGGAAUAGGACUUUUCAGUUUUUGAGACCGACCAAUUCCAACAUGCUGGCGAAGAAACUAUUCAAUUUUGUAAGAUUCAAUCUUGUUGAUGAUUGAUAUGGUUGAAUCUUUAUAAAACCAGAGCUUUGAGUUGGUACCUUAAGCAUGACCAAACCGAGCUGACUUGACUUAGUCCUGAAUUUGAUCAAUGGGUUUCAUAUUUUCUUAAACAAAGGUUAGAAGCCCGGUUUCAGCCAUCUUUGGGCCCUUCAUUUUAUUUUCUUAUGAUAAGAUCUCUCUGGAUGAUCUGUUUUUGUCAUUUUUCCAAUAUUGAAGUUCUAAUAUUAGUUAUU